AUGGACGAGCACCGUAAGAGCUUCACCAACGCCCUCAGCCCCUCCUACGUCCUCCCCAGCAGAAGGACAAUAUCUCAGAAAUGCCGUGACCUGUGCGACAUGGCCAUAGUGGAGCACGUCAGGGUUGGUUACCUGUAUGAUCCUGCGAACAUCCAGCCACUGCCCCCGUUGGGUAAUAGGAAGAUGUUCCCCUUAGGCGUACAGUUUUUCACCCCUAGUGCUGGUAUAGUCAACAAGGUCAUUGAUUUUGUGGAGACUGCAGAUGAGACCGCAGAUGGGAUUGCGAAGAUGUUACUCAGCUGCCUCCAAAACCUAGGUCUAUCGCCGGAGCAAAUCUCUGCCUUCAGUGCAGACAAUGCAAACGUGAACUACGGCAGGCACAACUCUGUCUUCACCAAAUUGAGGGAGGCCAACGAUGGAAUCCUGCGUGAUGGCUAUCUCAACCCUGCAAUCACACGCCUGUUGCAGAACUGGGUUCCACUGAAGUCGUACCUCGUCAGCAUUGGGGACGAAUGUCCAAGGCACCUGCAGCGAUUGCUGAGGUUGACAGAAGAUGCUGCUGAAGUGGAAGAAUCAGACACUGUCGAAGUGUAUCUGCUAUUCUGCAACAAUGUCAUGUCCCUGUUCGAAGAAGUGGUGAAGAAAUUAGAAAGGAAUUUAACCACAGCUGUGGACCUCUAUGCCAUCAUGGAAUCUUUCCUCAGAGGCCUGAAGCAGAGAAGAGAUGAUGAGUUCUACGGGUACCUGACCAAAAGAAGGCUACAGCGUCUCAUACCAUCUGAUGCUGAUGUUGCCAGGCAGGAGUUCAAAGCCUUCUUAAACCAUGCCAUCGAUUACCUUGAGAAGUGGUUUGACUACUCAGACAAAAACUGGCUCUUCAACCUACAGCCCCUCUCUCUCACAUCUGGCAAGAUUUCUUUUGAUGACCUUGAGAAGAUCAUUGAACAGCUUCGCCUGGUUGGCAGGCUAAAUCUCUGCAUGGACAACGUCUAUGAGGAGUGUGUGACUGCAAAUGGCCUUUUGGCCCACCUCACUGCACCUCAGGAGGACUGGCAAAGCAAACAGACUGCAGAGAGGUGGAUGCAGCUUCUCCAGGCAGCUGCCCUGCCCAACCUCCAGGCUGUUGCAUCUUUUCUACUCAGCAUCCCCUCAUCUACUGGCUUUGUGGAGAGGAUCUUCUCCCUCAUGAAUGCAAAAUGGUCUGACGUGAGGAACAGAUGUUCCACUGCACUCAUCAAGGCAGAGCUCAUUGUCAGCCUCAACUAUGGCAUGCCUUGCUCAGAGUUCUACUCAGCAGCCCUAAACAAUAAAAGGCUUCUAGCUGCUGCAAGAAGCCAAAAGAAAUACAAAUGGAAGCAAUGAGAGAAAUGAGAGUAUAGCAGCUCAGCAUUAAGAAAUAAAGAAUGAAGAAAAAAAUGCACAGCCACUUUCUGUUCCCGUGGUCCAUUAUCUUGCAAUUGUUGUACGUGUUUUGUGUUCAAAAUAAAUUGUGAAAACUGUUAACUGUGGAAAUGUCUCAGUUACAUCAUUUGCCCUAAAAUUGGUUAAAAUGCAGGAAAUUGCUCCCUGAACCCCGCUUCAUAUU